UAACAGUUUCUUAACUACUUUUGCAGUUUACACUCAACUUUUUCAUUUUGCCAGUUUCGAAUCCAAAUUGAUAAGCAUUUUGGUUGAGAAAUUGGCAUGGCUUAUGAAGCUGUGGAUUCCCUGCAACAAACCUUACUUAUAAUCCUUCAACGCCAUGAUAAUUUCAUCACUCCUCCUGUUAAACAACAAAUUGUCUCCAUCCAUGACAAAGCUGUUGUGUUGCAGUUUAAUCUCAAACAUUUUCCGGAUAAAGAGACAAUAAGGGAGGUAGCAUAUACAGCAAAGAGGAUUAUUGAAUAUCUUUUCUCCCCACUAAAUCUAUCAGAUUUUGGAUUCAUACAUCCAACUGUUAGACUUCCAAAUCAGUUAGAGGAAUUAGCUAAGGAGCUCGAUUCAACUGUUGGAUAUGUGGUUGACUACUGCAAGAUCAAUUCCAACUCUGUCAGUGAUUCUCCUGGUGUUAGUUCAUCAUCAAGAUCUGCACUCAAGAGUCAAGUUGACCAUUUGACGAUUGCAAAGGAGCUGAUUGUUAGAGAUUCAAGCAGGUCGAAGUUAUUAGGGGGGAGAAUAAAUUCAGCUCCGAGUCCUGUUAUUACAGGAUUUUCUCUCAAGAGUCAAGUUGAAGAUCCCCCGGUUGAGCUGAUUGCAAUAAAUACAUACGGGUUGAAGAGAUUAGCGGAGAAAGUAAAGUCAACUGCCAAAGAAUUAGCAUAUGAGUUGAAUAUCGGACCGAGUGAUCCAAUAGCAAUAGCAAAUGAGUUGAAGAUCGGACCGAGAGAUCCAAUAGCAAUCUCUCUACCCACGAACAAAUAUGUUUUUGAUGGUUUUGAUGAUGAUCUGAAACUGAAUGAUUCUGCUGCUGUUGCAUCAUCAUCAAGACCUGCAUCUACAACCAAAUAUUUUGUGGUUGACUACUGAUGAAGAUCCGAGUGAUUCACCAUCAAUAUCUCCACCCACGACCAAACAUGAUGUGCUUGUUGGUUUUGAUGAAGAUAUACUACAGGUGAUGGAGCGACUAACUGGCAAUUCAGCUUCCAAACAACAAAUCCUCCCAAUUGUCGGAAUGGGAGGCAUUGGUAAGUCCACACUUGCUAAAUAUGUUUAUCAUCAUCCAAUGAUCAUGGACCAAUAUGAUAUUCGAGCUUGGGUCACAAUAUCACAAGAUUAUAGCAUACCAAGUAUUCUCUCACAAUUACUAGCUUCGCUCAAAGGAAAAGUAGAGCAAGUUGAAAGGGAUUCAAUGAAAGUAAUCGAAGCAGAGAAGCUUGAAAUUAAAAAAAAAAUUAACAGGGAGGAGGUAUCUCAUAGUAAUAGAUGACAUUUGGAGUGUGGAAGCUUGGAAUCGCAUACGGUGGCUAUUUCCUAACAAUGAUAACAGAAGCCGGAUCAUAUUAACCACAAGGCUAAUGGAUGUGGCUACUAAUGCCGCCAUUUCGCGGAACAUUCAUAUAAUGCGCUUCUUGGAUGAUGUACAAAGUUGGCGUUUGUUCCACCACAAGGUUUUUGGAGAUCAAGAUUGUCCUAUUGAGCUGCAAAGUGUGGGGGAAAAAAUUGUAAAAGGGUGUGGAGGACUGCCUCUCUCAAUUGUUACUAUGGCAGGACUUUUAUCAAGGAUUCCUAGAACUCCCAAGUUGUGGAAGCAAAUUGAAGUAAAUGAUGGGCAGUUGGGAUCAAUAUUAUCUUUGAGUUACAACCACUUGCCUCUACAUUUGAGGAAGUGUUUCUUGUAUAUGGCAGCCUUCCCUCAAGAGUAUGACAUCCGUGCCUCUGAACUCAUCAAACUUUGGGUUGCUGAGGGCUGUAUGAAAUGGCGAUAUGCAUCUGAAUUCGUAGAUGUGGUGGCGGAGAAGUGCUUGGAGGAUCUGAUCAAGCAAAGUCUAGUUUUGAUCAGUAGCCGGAAAAUUGAUGGCAAAAUCAAAAGUUGUAGGCUGCAUAGUAUGGUGCGGGACUUUUGUGUGAGACAGGCCGGGCAAGAGAAGUUCCUUCUCCCUGUUAUGGACUACCUCCCUACUCCUAUCUUAAGAAAACAUUUUCUUCCACAAGUCCUCCAAAAUCAUCGCCGUGUUAGUGUUAGUUGGCAUGAUCUUAGUCUUACAGACUCCACGCAUAGCUCGUGCACCACUUCUAUUAUAUGCAUCCCACAAAGAGGGUAUAGGCCCAAAUGCUCUGUACAAAACUUUACUUCACUCAGGGUCCUUCAUGUUUUACGCAGAGACGAUCGUUCAUAUUGGGAACUAGGUCAAGUGUUUGAAUCGAGUAAUCUUACUUACCUUGCUUCCAACAUCCCUGAUAGUAUUGUUCCUCCAGCUAUAGCAAAGCUUCAAAAUCUGCAGACUUUAAUUAUUUACAGAUCUGAUGUUCGUUUGCCAGUGGAGAUUUGGAGUCUGAGGAAGUUGAGACAUCUUAUCGCCUUCUCAUUUCAACCUUUACCCCUUCCCAAAAGAGCAACUCUUUCUCUAGUAAACUUGCAAACGCUUUCUAUGGUAAUAGACUUUGUCUGUAGUGAAAAGGUGGUGGAAAUGAUUCCCAACAUUAAAAAGUUGGGAAUAUGUUACUCUCAAGAGAAGUUUGGUUCUGGCUAUUAUUGUCUUGAAAAUCUUAUAUGUUUUCAUCAAGUUGAGAAGCUGAAACUGGAGAUGUGUAGUUUAUAUGUGCCACGUCUGAUUGUUUUUCCUUUGUCGCUGAAAAAGUUAGAACUGAGUGGCCAGUGGAUUUCUUGGAGAGAUAUGACAAUUGUUGGUACGUUGCCUAAUCUUCAAGUGUUGAAACUAAAGAACUAUGCUUGCCAUGGAGAACACUGGGAAACCAUUGCGGGGGAAUUUGGUAAUUUGAUACUCCUGCUUAUUGAUGAAUCAACUCUGAAGCAUUGGAAAACUAGUGGUAGCCACUUUCCGAGUCUCCGGUGCCUAAUGCUUCAUCGCUGUCCAUACUUGGAUGAGAUUCCACAUGAUUUUGGAAAUAUUCCUACACUUAAACUGAUUGAGAUCGAUGAUCACAAUCAAUCUCUUUUGUACUCGGCAAAUAAAAUAAAAGCCAAACAUAAGAAUGAUCGCCUAAAGGUUGUUGUAAAGCGUUCUUGAUCCUCUCAAACCUGACCGUGUCCAUCAUAUAAGAGCUUUGAUGAGGUAGCUUAUCAUAUAUUCUACCGAUGAAAGAUGCAGAGAAUUAAAGGUGUGGUUGAUAAAUCCUACUUGUUUGAAAGCUGGUUUCAAAUAAACUGUGAAUGAUAAUUGUGUUACAAUGUGUUGUAUUUGUCAAAGUCAAAUGUUUGUUUGGAUUGUCAUUCUUGUUUACAAUACUCUACACAGGUAAGAAAUAGGCUGCUCUGGGUACGUUGUCCUUGUUAUAUAUGAGUGGAAAGGAACAGUUUGUAAUUAUCAAUGAUGUGAUUGGUUAAA